AGAUGACAAAAGCGAGUUUAGCUGAUUGUGAGGCAUAUAUCAGUCGAUACGAACCAAAGGAUAGUGAAAAUCCAGGCUAUCUAUCCAUUAAAGGAUUUUGCAAUUUAUUUAAAUCAAUAGAUUUCAAUAUAUUUAAUAGAAGUCAUAGAGUUGUCUGUGAAGUGAUGUCUGAACCACUUUCAGACUAUUAUAUCGCCUCUUCUUAUAAUACCAUUCAAAUGACGGGUGAAAGUAGGGUUGAGUCAUAUCAGUCGGCACUGACCAGAGGCUGUCGUUGUAUUGAUCUCGAAGUUAUAGAUGGAGAUAAUGGAGAACCUAUUGUUUGCCACGGAUUGAGUGCAACGAUUCUGUUAAGAGAUGUUCUCCAGACUAUUCAGAAGUAUGCGUUUAAAACAACUCAAUAUCCUUUGAUCCUAUCGAUGGAAAUUCACUGCUCUUUUGAACAACAAAUAGUGAUCGCAUCCCUUAUAAGGCAGAUAUUGAAAGAUUACUUAUACGACGGCGUUGUGGACAACAACAAGAGUCACUUGCCUUCGCCCGAAACUUUGGUCCGAAAAAUAUUAAUUCAAAGCAAAAAAUUGCCUAAAAUUAAAACUAAGAAAUUAAGUAAACUAAAGAAGUCACUGGAAUUGGACGCUAUCAACGAAUCUGAAUCACAACCCGAAGACACCGACGAAGAGGAAGAGGAUGGAUAUGAUUCAGACAAUGAUAUCAGUGAUAAUGAUCUCAAAGACGACACCAUUGAUGGAAAUAUUGGGACUAAAAGUAUUAAGUUUACUGAAGACCAGAAUAAGGAAGUGAUGAAGAAUACAGAGAAUUUGAAUUCUGUUAAAAAGCACAACAAUAAUAACAAUAUGAACAGAAGUAAUACAUUUCCGUCUAAUAACAAAAAAGAUCACCGAAAGAAUAUUAGGACAGACCCGGAUCAGCUCAAUGGUGAUCAUCAUCCCCUGGGGAAAUAUUACGAAAUGAUAUCAUUAGAAGAGGAAAAGUCUGAAACAUUUAGCAAAACCAAACCCGAUGACCAAAAAUACGUCAAAUUUACCAAAAAGCAUUUGGUCCGCACUUACCCUAAGGGCGACUUAACUAAUUAUAACCCAAUAUCGCACUGGAAUAUGGGCUCACAAUUGGUGGCACUUAACUACCAGAUCACUGACAAACCAAUGCUUUUCAACGAAGCCCUGUUUGCAAUGAAUGGCAAAUGCGGUUACGUUUUGAAAUCUGAUUAUCUUAGAAAAGGCAAAGAGUAUGGUAUGAGUGGCCGGAGUUCCGUAAUCAAUGCUCCGACCAGUAAAAUAAAAAAAGUAUGGAUAAAGAUUAUAAGCGGACAACACAUUCCCAAACCGGGAAAUUCAUUGGACGGCGAGAUUGUGGACCCGUAUGUGGAGCUCCGUGUGUACGGACAUCCGGCCGACUCUAAAACUGAGUUCAAGACAUCUCCCGUCAAGAAUAACGGUUUUAAUCCCAUUUGGGAGGAAUCAACUGAAUUCAUAAUCCGAUUGCCGGAUAUGGCGUUCAUAUACUUUGCGGUUAGAGAUAAUUUAACGACAGAUAGUGAUGUAAUUCUAGGCCAAUAUAUGCUCGCAUUCCCGGCUAUUAUGGAAGGCUAUCGUACCGUCAAUUUGGUGGACAGCGAUAAUCGGUCCUUAAGUCCGGCCUCUCUUUUAGUACACAUCACUUUCAAAGAUGUCGGCGAUUACUGGAGUCCUGAA